AUGUCUUCAUCGCUAAAUGUUGAAAAUAAUCAAAACAAUUCAACUGCGCCACCUGGAUGGAAUGACCCUCCACCUACAAUUAAUCAAUCUAAUUUAAAUAGUCGAACAAAUUUACACAAGCUUAGGAGGCCUGUUGAUCCAUCAAUUCAGGGUUCAAAUUUCAACACGCCAGAAAAGGAUUUUUCUCUUUCUCCUAAUAAUAACUCCCACUUUCACCAAUCAAGAUCUUUUCCUCAGCUUACAAAGCCAGAAUUAGUACAAGGGUUGGGGACUCAUCCAGGUUCGGCAUUCACUCCAACUUCUGCUGGAUCACUUCUUUCGAGUGCAAAUUGUUCGUCACCUUCGAUGUCGAUGAGACACUUUACUGAUACUUCUCACGGGACUAUACCUCCUCCUCCUGUAAUUCUUCCUGCUCCGCAUUCUCAGCUCAAUAUACAACAAUUAGCGGCUAAUUCUUCACAAUCUAUGGCUCCUAAUUUGCCUCAACCUUUACCACCAUUUCUUCAAUCGAUUCCCACAGCGGAUCUGAGUGCUACAGCCAUUCUUUCUCAUCCCAACCAACAGAGUUGUGCCCCUCCAUUUUAUCAUCCAGUUAUAAACGGACAAAUAGAUUUAUUAAAUCAACAACAAAUUGUUUCGGAAAUGCCAAGUAUUACUACAAUAAUGACGGGAGAAGAAGCUACAACACAAUCAAUUGGCCAACAACCAAUGAUUUUUUCACCUCCAAAUAUUGUUCCACAAUGUCGACCGACAACACAGCCAAUUCCAACAGAUUAUAGGACUCCAAUUAAAGCAGCAGGCGAUGUUUCGCUUAGUGGCCCACAAUUAGCAGCAUUUUUAACAAAAGCUGCCCUUCUUUUACCACAGGUAUUUAAAACAUUUAAUUUGUUUUUAAAUUUAUUUAAGGGUCCAAUGUGUGAAGGAAUUUUGCUUCGUAUAAAACAAUUUGAAGAGCUUGUCCUGUCUAGACAAAUAUCAGAACCUUGCCUUAAAAAGUUGAAUUUUGUAGUUGAUGCUCUUGAUCGCCAUGUUUAUGACGAGGCUGGACAAUUUUUUGAACAAAUGUUAGUAAAUUAUGCAGAUGAUUGUGCUAUUGGUGGUUGGGCACACGGUAUUCGAUUGCUAAUUCACGAAUUACGGAAAACUCAAUCGCCAAAUAUAAGAUCACAUAGUGCUGGGACUAGGAAUCAUUGA